AUGACCAUGGUUAUUCAAUUCAAUAUUGACGAUGGUAUUUUAAGAAGAAGUAUGGAAUUACUUCAAAUUACUCUCGAAGAUGCAAAUCAUAACUAUUUAGAGUUUAGUAAACUUCCUAGAUCUGCUGAAACUAAUGAAAUUGGUUUUAUAUCUGUUGGAGAUUCAAAGAACGAAAAGUGUAAGGGCUACCGAAAGGAGAUAGCACUUCGCUUACGUUGUUUUCAUCACUAUGUUGGUAACACGGAUAGAUUAGAGGGAGAAAGAACCUAUCAUCAAGUGGAUUUUAAAUUACCCUAUCAGCCUUUAAAGUUUCUUAGCAAAUACGUAUGUUCUUUUGCAAGAAGAUUUUUUGCAGAAGCUGGUAUUGGUGACAUGGAUAUCGAAAGACUUGUUGAUGAAGUGGAAAUAGUAUUUGCUUAUUCUCAACUCUUUGUCUUACCCUUUCCAGCUCCUAUUUUUAGAGAACCAAACUACGAAAUAGAAGAGGCGAAAGAAUCAAAGAAGCGGAAAAUUUUGUAUGAUAAAGUCUCAAAUCGUAGCGGUACCUUCUCACAAUCAAGAGGAUAUUUUAAGUCAUAUCGUCAGAUAGAAGCCAACGUAGUAGAUGAAACUGAUCGAGGUGGAGAACCGUUACGGCUAGGCCUCAUAUCAAACAUUUCGUUACCUUUUAUCGGAUUCCCCCCUAAUCAGAUACUUAAGGAGUGGAAUAUUAGCUAUAAUGUGCACAAUGGUCUCAUAGAACCUGUGAAGGAGUUACUAAUGAAUGAUUUUGAUAAUCCGACCGUAGAAGCACAGUACUACGGUGACAGAAUCUCGGUUCCUGAUUAUUGCUUUCAAGUUAAAGUUGAGAAUUCAGUCUUUAGUAUUCCUAUCGAAUUGAAGUUAUCAGGUGUGUUUAAAGCAUUUAGAGAUAGAGAUGCUUAUUUUUCUGAUUUGAUAAAUCAAUCGAUGUAUCAGAUGUUAACAUUAAGAUCAUCGAUUGGCUUUAUUUUUGAUAAAGAGUGUAUUAUGAUCAUAAAAUUGUUUAAUAAUGAGACACCUGAAUUGACAGUUGAAGAAUUAACGCAAAUAAGAUUAGCCAGAUUGAAAUGCAGUAUUCAAUGUGUCAAAUUCAAAGAUACUAAUCCUGCAUUAAUAUUUUAUAGACUGAUGUUUAGAUAUAUUCAAAAUGCUACUCCUUCUGAUCAAUUUCGAGUUAAUUCUAUAUUUAAAGAUAUGGAGUUGACUGCUAAUGACAAAACAGCUGUUACUGCAGGAAAAUAUGAGUUUAUGCGUAAUGAAUGGCGUAGUGAAUUCAGCGAAUACAAGCCAAGAGGUGACUAUUUUAUUAGAUAUUUAAAUUCCAGGCCAACUGAUAUUAGGAUUCCCAAGGGAUUUUUUAAUAGAAAGUUGCUCAACUUUAAAACUACUAUUCAUCGAGAGGAUUUUCGGGACAUAACUUCCAUUCAAGACAAUUGGAAAAACGGAUCAAACUAUCAUUCAAAUGUAUUUAGAUUGACAUACACAAAGGAACCAAAUCUAAACAGGAGAAUGAUACUUAAAAUAUAUGAUCCUGUUUCAUCUCCAGAAAUUGCCUCGCAUACUCAAGGUGGGUCAUUUCAGAAAACCUUUGCGUUUUCUCUUUCGAUGUAUUUUAACGAGCUUCGUUCAUAUAAAUUAUUGAGAGACGAUAAUAGUAACGGACCAGAAGAAGAAAAGCCAGAAUCACAAGAUGGACCAGCACCAACUUUACACUAUACCCCGUAUAUGUACGAGUCUGGAUUUAUAGACUGGCCAGGUGAAAAACUUGCUGGGAAUGAUAAGCCAACAGAGUUCUGCGGCUUUUUUCUAUUACUAGAAGAAAUCAGUGAAGGAUUUCCUGACACAGAGGAAGAGUAUCAAGAAGCUGCACGUCAAGCUUUACAAAACAUCCAUUUGAAAGGAUUGUUGCAUGGAGACGUAAAUAAUCGAAAUUUCCGAUAUGAUUCUUCUAGGAAUCGCGUAAUAUUUUUCGAUUUUGGAUUAUCUAAGUAUACCAAUUCCGAAUUUAAAGAUAAAUCAGAAGAUUUAAUCAGUCUGACUGCCGAACAAAAGCAGGCUGAGCUUGCUAAGUUAGGGCGUAAAGUGACUGUGGCAUUUAGACAAAAACCUAGUUGA